CUUAACGGCUCUUUUAUGCUUUUUUCCAACCGCCACUUCAUCACGUUAAGCAUAUGCUCUCUAAAUAUUCUAUCUCCUCCUUUUUAAACUCCUCCACACCUUAUUUUCACUGCGUUCACUACUCACACCGACAAAUCUUCAUUCUUGUUAGGCUUUUUCCUUUCAACUUUUUCACUUCCAAUUCUGGGUUUAGAGAGAGAAUAAAGAAAAAGGGUUGGAUGAAAUUUGGGAAGAGAUUGAAGCAACAAGUUCAAGAAACUUUGCCGGGAUGGCACGACAAGUUUCUGUCCUACAAGGAUUUGAAAAAGCUUUUGAGGUUAAUUUCUUCGGCUCCUCCGAUGAUGAAUGGAUCGCUUGAGUUUGGGAAGGCUGAGGCUGAGUUCAUGUACUUGUUGAACAAUGAGAUCGAGAAAUUUAACUCUUUUUUUAUGGAACAAGAGGAGGAUUUCGUUAUCCGCCAUAAGGAGUUGCAACAGAGGAUUGAGAGAGUGACUGAGAUUUGGGGACCAAAUGGAAGUCAACCAUUAGAGAUGGAUUACAAAGAGGAGAUGGGUAAAAUCAGAAAAGAGAUUGUCAAUUUCCAUGGUGAAAUGGUGCUUUUAAUGAACUACAGCAAUAUUAACUACACAGGGUUGGCCAAGAUCUUGAAGAAAUAUGACAAGCGAACUGGUGGGUUGUUGCGCUCACCCUUCAUUCAGAAUGUGUUGCAACAACCUUUUUACACAACUGAUCUCAUAUCAAAACUUGUCAAAGAAUGUGAAAGCACCAUUGAUGCAAUGUUCCCGGUGGUUGAAGAAGAAGAAAGAAUAAUCCGCAGAGAAAGAGAGGCGAUUAUGGUGUCGGGAGAAGGAGUUUUUAGGAAUACAAUUGCAGCUCUGCUGACUAUGCAAGAGAUUAGAAGAGGAAGCUCUACAUACAGCCACUUCUCUCUACCGCCUCUCAACUUGCCGGAUUUUGAUUUCAUCCAAGCCUUUCAACUCAAUUCACCCAUACCAAUUCCCUAAUAUUAGAGAAAUUAUGAUACAUUCAAUACAUUUAACACGUAUAGUUGGCUAUAAUUUUGUGUUCUUUGGGGAUUGGCUAAAUGCUACAUAAUACAUGAUGUAUAAGAAAUUAGGCCUACCGCUUCUUCCUUAUUUUUAUUUUAUUUUUUUGUUGUAUGCUAAUUAGUAUGUUGAAAGAUGAGCUUCUCUUUUAGAAUAAGAGACAGUUCUAAUAUUAAUGGAAAAAUUACAAAUUUUCAA